AUGGACAAGACAAAGGAGGCUCAGAUGAGAGCAACCAUGAAUCAGAAGUUGAUUGAGACUGGUGAGAAGGAACGACUGCGAGAACUUCUCCGACAGCGGUUGGUUGAAGCUGGAUGGAAAGAUGAGCUAAAGAUGCAUGCAAAGGAAAUUGUGAAAGAAAAAGGUGUUGAACGCAUCACAGUGGAUGAUCUUGUCACCGAACUGACACCCAAAGCCAGGGCUCUUGUCCCAGACUCAGUCAAGAGGGAACUACUCCAAAGAAUCAAGAAGUUCCUGGAAGAGCAGCAGCUGUAG